AUGGCUUCAACAUCUGGCGAAGCGGAGGAGUAUGCGUACGACUCGUCGGAUAUCACAGGUUCGGAGGAAGAUUUGCCGUCGAACAACUCGAAGAAGGGCAGCAAGAAGAAGGCGGUGGACAGGAGCCAGGCGAUUGUGAAGUGGGCGGGAGGGGAAGCUGCCUCGACGGGCGUGUCAGCCGUCAUGGUUGCGGCUGGAAUCACGACAUUGGUCGCACCCACUGUAGCGGUGAUUGUCCUGGUGGGACACGUCAUCGUCCGAGGAAGCAUCCGAGCGGUCAAGAAGAAGCUCAAGGUUCGAGCGGAGCAGAAGGCGCACCUCGAGCAGCUCAACCUCACGGAAACAACAGCUCGAUCAUCCUCGGGGCACUUCACGGUGGUGCUGAACGGGGUCGGGCCCAACGGAGAGUUCAACUCCUUCGUGUCCCCCAACGACGACGCCUCCUACGGGCCCGUCUCGCCUGGCCACCUCAAGGGCAUCUCGAAGCUCAUCAGCGGCGCCACCAACUGCAACUCGUGGGUGUACGAAAGGUUCUGCCAGACCAAGUGCGGGACCAUGACGGUGGUGGUGCUGCGGUCACAGCACAGCCGCGGGAAGGACAAGCUGAGGGUGGCCUGGGAGAACUCCGGCAGCCUGGACUACACCAAGGCCCAGGUGUAUACGGAGAGGGAGUGGAAGAAGACAAAGUUCGCCGGCAAGACCAAGACGAUGCCGGAAGGAAUCGCGGACGUGGACAUGGCGCUCGACAAGACCCUGGUGUUCGACUAGGCUGCGCUUACUGCGUCCGUCCCCGUCGGUUAAUGCGAGAACAUGGCGCCAAUCAGCGACGAGGGCACGUGCAAACUCUCAAACAAACGAGACACGGGGCGGGACUAGGUCUUGCUGGAGACCAUGAGAGAGGAGGUACUUGGACACUACACUUCAUAGCAGCGGUGCUGGCAACGACGGUGUUUCCUGCUGUAGCUGAUCAAAUACGGCAGUGGCAUAUGGCAUGAAUGAGGGAGGCGUAUAAGUUGGGUACGGGUGUACAGGCAGUCAGACCGCUAUAUGUGGGCCUCCACAAGGUGCCUCAUCCCGGGGGUGCUCUACACCAACUACUAGUAUCUUUCAUUAGCCAAGCACCAGCGCCCGGUGGAUAGGUUCGCGGUUGGUUGUGGGGGUUCGGUGGACGGGCACGUCCAAAAGAACAACACAAGUCUUGUUUUUCCCGCGGGAAGGUUUCUUCUCGCGAUUAUCGAUCGUGUGAUGUUUUCGUAGUUCGUUUGGAUCUCAACCCGACGUAUCGGACAAUUAUUUAAAUCCGUGUGAAUACUGCCAGCAAAGUUGUGGUGCUGUAGAUCAGGUGCCAUGGGUUGAAAGUGAAACACAGUAGUAGCUUUUCAAGCCGAGAGUUGGCUUCAUAGGGCCCCCAGUGGUCCAGCCAUUGGGUGCUCUUGGAAUCCUUUUAUUUUCUUGGGCGUCAUUCGCAGGCAUCAGAAGAAAACCUCAGGUGGUGGUGCUACGUCGGCAUGUUUUCUGUUUUCGUACACCGGCAGUGCUUUGAGCACCGGGGGAUUGGGAAAAAGGGGGAGGGAUGUGUGUGGAAGGCUUGGUCGUGUGUUUUAUGUCUGUGCGUUUCCGCGUCCAAUCGUGCCUGGUUUGCCCUAGGAGACUACUACGCAUGGAGGGGAGUACAACGCCCGCGUUUGUGCGAUAAGUGCGGGGGACACUGGUAGGAUUGGCGGGCGGCCGCGGCAUCAACGCGCGUUUGGUAAACCGUUGAGACGAGUGUUGGAAGUGAGUGAGUGGAUUUUAUUCGCACGGUCCUCCAAAAACGAAAACAGCUUUGGUGGGCAGGAAAAAAGAAAAAAGCCCGUUUUAUUUCGGUUGGGACGGACGUUCAUAGGAAAACGAGUACUUGUGGUCGGAGAGAAGUGGACCUGGACUGGAAGUGUUUUAUUUACCCGGUAACAGUAGCACUAAAUAGACAUUCACACGCAGGAGGUGCGUUGUGCACGCUCCUCCCUCUCCUUUGGAGUUUUUUUUGGGGGGGUUAGACGAAGGUCGGGAUUUUACCGAGUCCACUUGGGGGAGCUGUAGCUGAUUCAUGCGAUCAAUGAAUGGUCAAUGCCCGAAUGUUUCGGGCAGAUUUAGAUAGUAUGUUGGAGUUCGCAACAGAGUGCAGCGCUGGGCGGUAUGCUGCGCUUGCGCGAGAGAGCCGAAAAGAGUUUUGAUUCGACGGCUACCCGCUCUCUUUUUUACCCUUGUGGAGGGCAUGAUAUGAUAGGGAUAUGCACUGUUUUGAGUACGCUGAUCAGACUACGAGCACCCGACUUUUUGCCCCUAGGUCAGCCAAGAUAUUGCACAACUCUACGGCGGGGUUGAGGCACUCGUCAGCCACAAAUACGUUGGUUGGUCCAAUUGUGUCGAUGGUUCGUUUGAAUGUAGUCUAUAGGUUUAGUAUCAACCCUCAGCAUCACGGCCAGGGGCACGUAUGGUGUGUGCGAGAGCAGUGUGACUGACACUUCACGGGUGGACAUUUCGUUAGGGGUGGUCUCAGGUUUGAACAACCCUUGCGUUUAUGGUGUUAGUAAUGUAGCGAUUGGUGUGUACAUUUGGGUACGAAGAUGUCCGCGUGUGUGCUCCGAUUCAUUAUGUUUCGUGGGGGGAGUAAGACCAAAGGAUUUUCAUCGACUUGUAAGAAAAAGAAAAUAAGGAAGAGUUGCACAAAAAUUUUAGCUGAUCUUCAUGAUCAGGGGGGCAGACCCCCUGAGUUUAUUUGAUUUGAACUACAACAGUCAGAGUAGUACUCUUGAGAGUAGAAGACGCUGUAGGACAACUUAACUUCCCGAGGACCCC